CUCGGCUCCCAGCCGCGUGGAGGCUGGUUCGGCCCCGGAACCCUCGUCGGAGCGGAGGCGCCUCGUGUCCGCGUCGGCUCUUUGCUGGCCGGCGCUUCGGCCGCAUGCUUCUGCCCGAGCCUCGAUCCUAGGGAGCAGAAUUUUCCCACAUUUCUGGUAUAACUGGUUCCAAUGGCUGGGAAUAAAGGAAGAGGACGUGCUGCUUAUACCUUCAAUAUUGAGGCAGUUGGAUUUAGCAGAGGUGAACGGUUACCUGAUGUAGCAUUGAAACCACCGCCACUAUUUCCUGAUACAGAUUAUAAACCAGUGCCACUGAAAACAGGAGAGGGUGAAGAUUAUAUGCUGGCCUUAAAACAGGAGUUGAGAGAAACUGUGAAAAGAAUGCCUUACUUUAUAGAAACACCUGAAGAAAAGCAAGAUAUUGAAAGAUAUAGUAAAAGAUAUAUGAAGGUGUACAAAGAAGAGUGGAUACCAGAUUGGAGAAGACUCCCAAGAGAGAUGAUGCCAAGGAAAAAAUUCAAAAAAGGUCCCAAAUCCAAAAAGGUGAACGAUACUGGCAAAGACACUUCACUCACUAAUACUGCAGAUGUAUUGAAAAAAAUUGAGGAAUUGGAAAAAAGAGGUGAUGGUGAAAAAUCAGAUGAGGAAAAUGAAGAAAAAGAAGGAAGCAAGGAGAAAAGUAAGGAAGAUGAUGAGGAGGAGGAAGAUGAUGCUGCAGAACAAGAGGAAUAUGAUGAAGAAGAGCAAGAAGAGGAAAAUGACUACAUUAAUUCAUACUUUGACAACGGAGAUGAUUUUAUCGUAGACAGUGAUGACAACAUGGAUGAAGCAACCUAUUAGCUAUGAAGUUUCCCCAAAAAUAUUUCUAUGAUACAGCUUCUGAGCAUUUGGACAGAUUUAUUUCCUUAUUUCUGAUAAGGAAUGAGUAAGUAUUUUUGUUUCUGUUUUAUUGACAAUAUUUGUUACCAAAAUAUUCAGUACCAUUUUGAGUUUACACACUAGUUACUUUACCAAUUAGUCUCUGACACUCUGACAUUCCUUCUCAAGCACCUCUUUAUCCCUCUUACGUAUUCAAGUGAAAAUUUUAUUUUUGGUAUUAUUUGGAUUAGAAUGUGCCUAAAGAGUUUUUGCAUCUUUUAAUCUAUAUAUUCAUACUUGAAAAAAUUAUUUUUAUUUAACUGCUUUCUGAUGUUUUAUAAAACUAUUACUUGCCAUCAUAAUGGGUUUCUGUAACCUGAAAGUUGAUUUAAUACUGCACAUGGAGCACUUUAAAAACAAAAUACUUGAAAUUAAUUUUACUUUCUACUUUUACAUGGUAUGUUCUAUGCUACUAUAUGAUGACUCCAUAAACCUACCUGAGUUCUUAAAAUUGCAUAUGAGAUUAGAAGUUUGUGAUAAAAAAUAUACACAGAGAAAAAUAUCAGUCAGAGCUAUAUAAAUUUUAUAGCUUACAUCUCAGCCAGUGCAAAGACUUGGGAGGAAUAUUAAGUAUACUUGAAUUUGGUAACUUCAUACCACACAAUAUGUGAAAUAAUCAUCAUCUCACUGUAAUAACUUUGAUAUUUCAAAUAAUUGGGCUUAUGAAAAAUUAGGCAUUUAAAUUUGUACUUUACAAAAGUGUGGGGUAAAUUCUAGUCACACAAAUCUCACUGCAGAAUGCAUGUGUGCAACCUGCGAGGCAUGAUGGCCUCUUAUAUUUCAAAGGACUUUAUAGCCAUCCAGUUGGUUUAUAUAACAGUGCAGAAUAAAACUCAGGUCACUUUGAAAUUAAGGUUAAUCUUUUGUCUUAAUUAAAAACUAGCUCCCCUGACUUUUUAUAGUGAGAAUGAGGGGGAAUACCUAAAAACCUUAGCCUCUAAAGACUCACAAAUGCCAAAGAUUUUGAAUGGAAGUCAUAUAUUUCAAAAAUUAUUUAUUAGUAUUACCUACCAAAAGAAAUGUUUAUUUUUACCUUUUGGGAAGAUAUCACCUAUUACCCUCUAACCUGAAACUCAGAAUCCUGGACUCUAUUUCUACCCUUACCAUUAAACUCAACCUUGAAAUUGAGCUUGAUUUUCUGUAAACAGUUUUCUAUAAGAACUGCUUAAAGACCAACCAGACCUUACCAUAUGUACUCAUUCUCUUAGUAUCUAGAAAUAACCUCUGUGUCUGGCCCUCUAAAAAAUUAUAGCUUGUAAAGUGAUUGAAAACACUGUUUUGAGAAACAAACAUGUUUUCCUCACAAGAUAUAUUGUAAUCUGACUGGAUUCCCAUCUUCUAUUCUGGUGGGAAAAAUUUAUAUUGUCUUGUGCCAUUUUGUAAAAUGGCUUUUUCAGGAAAAAGAUCACUUUCCAUUUUAAUACUUCCUCAGAUAAUUCGAGAUGGGUGAGGACCGUUAUUAGUCCAGUGCUUAUGUUGUUCAUAUGUGAAAUAUUUCUUUAAAGAAACUUAUAAAAAAUUUUAAAUGGAAAACAUGAAUAAGUCUACUUUAAAGCAGCAAUUGAUUGUACUUAGAGUAGAAACCUCACUUAAAGUUUUAGUUGUAAUGGGCAGUCAUUUAGGAUUAAUAAUUAACAUAGGUGUUUUAUUUUCUCACUUCCUUAGUAUCUUAAUAUCAUUUAAUUUAUAAAGCUUAUGUCUGUGCUUCUGUUUGCUUGCUGUAUUGUAAAUCUACAGAUAACUGCUUGAAUAGGGCAGAUACACCAAAGAUACAGGUAUUUUUCUCCCCAGCUUUCAUCUGUCUUCAACAGUCUAGUCCUGAAGGUGGUACGACAGCCCUUUGGGCAGGGGUUUGCUUCGGGAAGCCCCAGUCAUCUCCCCAAGUGCAUUGUCUGUCUCCUUUGGAAAAGAGGCAGAAUGUUUGCAGGUUCCUUUGCCAGCAUGAACCUUGUUUUUAUAGCUUAAAAUCUCAGACUGUGAAGUUAUUCCAUAGGAAGGUAAACUUUAAUGCAGAGAUAGCAUCUUAUAUAUAAAAAAGUACUUGUUGGUGAAGUGUCUUUAAAAUUGCUAACAAGCAGAUAUUGUUUUGUUGCUUUAGUGCUUAUUUUUCUGUAUUUGUUUACAUGUUAAAUUCAUACAAAACAAAA